ACGGGAUGACGUCAGGGCGCGGGGACGCCCAACGCGGCGACCGGCGCACAGCUGGGCCCGCGGUGGCUGCUGUCGCUGGCUUCGCGCUGCGGGAGCCGCCGGGUCCGCGUCCACUCCCUCCGCCCUUCGUCAUUCGCCUGGUCCGGGGCUCCGCGGCCCGGCGCCGGCCCGCCAUGGUGCGGUCGGCGAGCCCUGCGCGGCCCAGCUGAGCCUCCGUGCGGCGGCGAGCCCGGCUCGGGGUCACCAUGCCUACCCGAGUGUGUUGCUGCUGUUCUGCUCUGCGUCCUCGCUACAAACGCCUGGUGGACAACAUAUUCCCUGAAGAUCCAAAAGUAAUUUGAUCUACAUCUACUGAUCCUUCUCUUUGCUGACCCAUCCUUACCCCCUGCUGACCUCCCUAAGGAUGGCCUUGUUAAAGCCGACAUGGAGAAAUUGACAUUUUAUGCAGUAUCUGCUCCAGAGAAACUGGACCGAAUUGGUUCUUACUUGGCAGAAAGAUUGAGCAGGGAUGUUGUCAGACAUCGUUCUGGGUAUGUUUUAAUUGCUAUGGAGGCUUUGGACCAGCUUCUUAUGGCUUGCCAUUCUCAGAGCAUCAAGCCAUUUGUGGAAAGCUUUCUUCAUAUGGUAGCAAAGCUGCUAGAAUCAGGGGAACCAAAGCUUCAAGUUCUUGGAACAAAUUCUUUUGUCAAAUUUGCAAAUAUUGAAGAAGACACACCAUCCUAUCACAGACGUUAUGACUUUUUUGUAUCUCGCUUCAGUGCCAUGUGUCAUUCCUGUCACAGUGAUCCAGAAAUACGAACAGAAAUCCGAAUUGCUGGAAUCAGGGGUAUUCAAGGAGUGGUUCGCAAAACAGUUAAUGAUGAACUUCGGGCUACCAUUUGGGAACCCCAGCAUAUGGAUAAAAUCGUGCCAUCCCUGUUGUUUAACAUGCAAAAGAUAGAAGAGACUGACAGUCGCACAGGUCCUCCUCCCUCCCCUCCUGCCACUGACAAAGAAGAGAAUCCCGCUGUGCUGGCUGAAAACUGUUUCAGAGAACUGCUGGGUCGAGCAACUUUUGGGAACAUGAACAAUGCUGUUAGACCAGUUUUUGCGCAUCUAGACCAUCACAAACUAUGGGAUCCCAAUGAAUUUGCAGUUCACUGCUUUAAAAUUAUAAUGUAUUCCAUUCAGGCUCAGUAUUCUCACCAUGUAAUUCAGGAGAUCUUGGGACACCUUGAUGCUCGUAAAAAAGAUUCUCCACGGGUUCGAGCAGGUAUCAUCCAGGUUCUGUUAGAGGCCGUUGCCAUUGCUGCUAAAGGUUCCAUAGGACCCACAGUGCUGGAAGUCUUUAACACCCUCCUGAAGCAUCUGCGUCUCAGUGUUGAAUUUGAAGCAAAUGAUUUACAGGGGGGAUCCGUAGGCAGUGUUAAUUUAAACCCAAGUUCCAAAGACAAUGAUGAGAAGAUUGUGCAGAAUGCUAUCAUCCAAACAAUAGGAUUUUUUGGAAGUAACCUACCAGAUUAUCAGAGGUCAGAAAUAAUGAUGUUCAUUAUGGGGAAAGUACCCGUUUUUGGAACAUCCACCCAUACUUUGGAUAUCAGUCAACUAGGGGAUUUGGGAACCAGGAGGAUUCAGAUAAUGUUGCUGAGAUCUUUACUUAUGGUGACCUCUGGAUACAAAGCAAAGACAAUUGUUACUGCACUGCCUGGAUCUUUUCUGGAUCCUUUGUUAUCACCAUCUCUCAUGGAAGACUAUGAACUGAGACAGUUAGUCUUGGAAGUCAUGCAUAAUCUCAUGGAUCGCCAUGACAAUAGGGCAAAACUUCGAGGGAUCAGAAUAAUACCAGAUGUAGCUGACCUAAAGAUAAAAAGAGAAAAAAUUUGUAGACAAGAUACAAGUUUCAUGAAAAAGAAUGGGCAACAAUUGUAUCGGCACAUAUAUUUGGGCUGUAAAGAGGAAGACAAUGUUCAGAAAAACUAUGAACUACUUUAUACUUCUCUUGCUCUUAUAACUAUUGAAUUGGCCAAUGAGGAAGUGGUUAUUGAUCUCAUUCGAUUAGCUAUUGCUUUACAGGACAGUGCGAUUAUCAAUGAGGAUAAUUUGCCAAUGUUCCAUCGCUGUGGGAUCAUGGCGCUGGUUGCGGCGUACCUCAAUUUUGUAAGUCAGAUGAUAGCUGUCCCCGCAUUUUGCCAACAUGUUAGCAAGGUUAUUGAAAUCCGAACUAUGGAAGCUCCUUAUUUUCUACCAGAGCAUAUUUUCAGAGAUAAGUGCAUGCUUCCAAAAUCUUUAGAGAAGCAUGACAAAAAUUUAUACUUUUUGACCAACAAGAUUGCAGAGUCACUAGGCGGAAGCGGCUAUAGUGUUGAGAGAUUAUCAGUACCAUAUGUACCACAAGUAACAGAUGAAGAUCGACUUUCUAGAAGAAAAAGUAUUGUGGACACCGUAUCCAUUCAGGUGGAUAUUUUACCCAACAGCAUUCCUUCUGAUGAUGUGGUAAAUAACACUGAAGAAAUCACCUUUGAAGCAUUGAAGAAAGCAAUUGAUACCAGUGGAAUGGAAGAACAGGAAAAGGAAAAGAGGCGUCUUGUGAUAGAGAAAUUCCAGAAAGCACCUUUUGAAGAAAUAGCAGCACAGUGUGAAUCCAAAGCAAAUCUGCUUCAUGAUCGACUUGCUCAAAUACUGGAACUCACCAUACGCCCUCCUCCCAGUCCGUCAGGAACACUGACCAUUACUUCUGGGCAUGCCCAGUACCAGUCCGUCCCAGUCUAUGAGAUGAAGUUUCCAGAUCUGUGUGUGUACUGAGUGGCUCACGAAGAUCUCAGUGUAGAAUCUAAAGCCGAAAAAUUAAGGCCAUGCUGAGUUUUCAGAGUUUACUUAAUGCGUAUUAACAUAAUUCUUGAGAAUAACAGUGAGACUUCUCUUCAACCAAAUGCUUGGCACAUGCCACAUUGGAAAUGGUGGAGCUGUCUAUGAUUUAGAAUACUUUUGAAGAUGGAUUUCUGCCAUGAUCAUUUCUUUUGCAGUUCCUGUUGGCUUUCAGAGUUGGACAUAGAUUGAUGUCCCAUUAUUCCAUAGUUAAACCGUAUAUUUUAAACUUUUCACAAACAGGUAAUUUUUUAAAAAUAUUAUGCCUCCAGAGGGUUGAAGAUGUGUCAGGUAUCUACUGUAUUUCUUAAACAUCUACACAACUGCUUAGAAAUAGAAUUGCUUUUGUGUUUGGUUAUCUGCAAAAGCAAAUAGAUACAAAUAUAUUGCUAAUCUUGGGGCUGCAAAACUGUUCUGUGGCUUGUUGUCCCCAUGUUUUAGAUGUUGUGAUCUAUAAUAACAUGUGAUAGGCAUUCCUCAACUUGUUUAUGGUAUGAGACAUCUGUUGAGUAAUAUUCCUAGAAUAUGACCAACCCUAAAAUUGCCAUACUUAAAAGUGUCUAGUUCUUGUAAUACUGUGUUUUCUGCCAAGAGUUUGACCAUUCUACUUGAGAGAAGCAUGGAGCUUACUCUUGGUGUUCCAAACUGUGCAAUAUUUUUUUACAUCAUAAGAUGUAUUGGUUUACAGACUAUACUUUAAAAUUAUAGUAAUAUUUUGCUGUGGUUCCAUUAAUUAAAUCAGAUCUAUAUUUAGUGUAGGAAAAAAAAGACCUUUAAAACUGCUACUAGUUCACCUGUGAAGACUGUGUACAUUUUGAGUUCUAUCAAAAGCACAUUAUUUGCAUUUUUAUAUUGUGCAUUGUUUAAAAUCUUCAAAGUCAGAAAAUUCUCCAGAUGGACUUCUGAUCUGUAAGAUUUGAACUGUUAAGUUGUAUGCAUCUGUUUAGGAUUUGUUCUAUUACAUUUGAAAAGAGUGCCUGUGGCUUUAGCAAUCAAGUGUGCUGAGGAUCGUCAGUUGUGAGCUCUGUUGAUUUAAGCUACCAAGGUCAUGUAUGUACCCUGCACAAGUGCUCACAGACCUGUAGUGUUUUCUUAAAAUUAUGUGCAUUUUAGUGAAUUCCAUCAAACAGCAAAAAUGAACAACUCUCUUUGCAAGUCUUAUAAAAUUCUCAUAGGACAUUUUUAUAGAAUAACCUCUUUAUAAUUGUAUUGCCUCUCCAGAUUCAGUUUCUUUUCACAAAGAGCAAAAUACAUAUCAAAAAUUGUAGCUCAAAAACUAAUUCAGUUUUUAUCUUUUGUUUUUGUUUGAAAACGUACAGUGAGAUUGGCAGGUUGUAAGUUUGUGUUUAUGAUUAUUAGGCACCUGUACAAGAAACAGAAAAAAGUCAGGAAGUGACAAAAGAAAAACCAUACCCCAGAUUUUUUUAAUGAAUUGAACUACAGCAUCUUGAAACAUCUUGCAAAAGAUCCUAGUCAUUAAAACCCAUAAAAUGAUACACAGCCCUCCUGGGUGGUGUGUUAAAUGUAGGUAGAUGAGACUGUUUUCAGAAUAAUACUGCAGGUAUUUAAUGGCCUUCAUGCAGCUGUCACUGUAACUUUGCCUCUUGAUUGGGUAAAAUGUGUCAUCAUAUGACAGGUCAAGUAUUCUGUUUUUUAUUUCUCUUUUAUUCUUCUGUAUUUUUAAGGAAGUAUAUUAAUUUUUGUGCAUUUAAAAAAAUCUAAGCAGGGGGACAUUCAGAAACAAUCAUCAUCCACUUGGAUGUCAUUUUAUAAAUUAACACUGUGUGCUUUUGUAUGAAAAAUAUAUAAUUUAAUAGUAUAAGUAAAGGAGAUCUAUAUUCACUUGCACUCAUACAAACUUUACAAAAUUUCAUGUUUUUCUGUAGUUUAAAAAAUGCAUGUAUUGCAUGUAAAGGAAAACCAUUUGAAUUAAUGUUUAUCACAUCUCUCCCUUGGUCUGUUUGUAAACUGUUGUGUGGGGUUUGCAGGUUUUUUUCUUGUUGUUGUUGUUGUUUUUAAAUCACAGUAGACAUCUAUAUAUCCUGGACGACUGCACUGGUCAUGUUAGUAAUGAUUCCUAAGAAGUGGGUCUUUUCUUUGGUUUGUCCUUUUCAGGAGAUUGCAGGACUCCUGCUGGGUAAUGGCUGUGUGUUCCGUUUAUAGCCAGUUUGGAGGCUGAAAGUUUAGGAUUUGCUGAAGUUCACCAUAUGGCUAUAUUUUUGUAGAUAUUUAAAACUCUUAAUAAACUGUUACUCAUUCUCUUUUUGCUGCA